GCACUCUCGCACAGCGGGCAUCAAAGCCCUUUACGUCAAGCCAGACAGGAAGGAGAAAGCAAAUUUGAUGGCACGAUAGCCGGGUCCUCACGUCCCACCGAAACAAAUGCACACCCGCUCCUCUCGCCCAUGGACGCGCUCUCCUGUUUCACACGGAUUUCGUCUGUGUGCACUGUGGCAGAGCUGAUCUUAUGGCAGACACCAGCCCGCCGAGCACCGUCGCCCAUCUGAUCCACUGUGAGAUAAAAUAAUUCGACGAGAGGGAAGUGAGAUGAAAAGCCAACAACGACCAUCACUGCUCGCCUUAUCGGCACUCCUGCUCUGCACAUUACACCAGACAGAUGGGUCCAGCAGAUCUCAUCGCAGCAGCUCAGCAUCAUCAACAUCAACAUCAACAACAUCCCCAUCAGAGGUGAGAGGCAGGAAUCAUUUGGGGACGCCCCAAAUCGAGCUAGAACAGACUAAUGUCAGUUCCAGCCAUGGCAAUCACAGCCAGGAAAGUAGGCCAUCACCAAAGCUUAAAGAGAUAACAGGCCAAGUGAAUAGCCUCUCUUUCAACACCACCAGCAGAGGCAAUUUUUCUACUGUGAUAUCUGAAAGGUCUGGCAGGGCACCAAGCUGGAGCCCAGAGGAAGGGGUGUCACCACUGUGUGCCUACCGAAUGAUUGAGGGAGGCAUUGGGGGGCAGCUGUGUUUUCGACACACACUGCCUGGGUACAAGUGUCGCAAGGGAGACUGCAGGACAGUGGUGUCUUUGGGGAAUCUGGUUGCAAAUAUUCUUAUCAAUGGCAGCGUACUGUUACAGUGGACCCACGAGGGAGAAUCCGCAAUGGCCGGCCGAGACAUGAAGACAAAAGAGACUGCGGCUGGUCAGAAGAGCAGUGGGGACCCUGGGACAAAUUCAACGAGACAGGAAACUCUGAGAUCAAACACUGUUUUCGGUGGCCGACGCCACAGACGGUUAGGCUACGAGUUGAGCUGCUGGUGGAAUGGAAGCUACACUCAGUUUGAGUGUGCUGGUGUCCAUCUUGGAUCUGGCUGCAGGGACUUUCUCCUCACUGAGCUGCAUGAGAACAUCCCGUACCGCAUCUGCCUGCGCUCCCUGGCCCACUCCGAUCCAGCUCAGAGGGCAGACCAGCGGGACUGUGUUGAGUUUACCCUGCCGCCUUCUGGGAUGCAGGACAUCGUGAUUGCCAUGACAACGGUGGGGGGAGCUAUUUGCGUGAUGCUGGUCAUCAUCUGCUUGCUGGUGGCAUAUAUCACAGAAAACAUCAUGAGCCCCACGACGCAGCACACAUACUCCUACCGCUCUCACUCGCGUCACUGAUGCUACACUAAAUCCAAGAUGCACUGCUAAAUGAAUAAAAAUGGCCUACAUUUAACAUUCAUGAUGACCACGUCUAAUCUCACAAUCAUAGUCACUUGUUGUCAAUGAUAAUUGUUUUUCAAUCAGCCACACAAUAUGAUAGACACAUCCUUUUAUGACUGAAUUGAAGCACAAUCUGCUGUGGCUUUGCAAAUAACAUGCCUUGUCAACCUCUGCGAGGAUGCACUGAACCAAAAGUACUGAUAACCUGAUUUACUAUUAUACAGUAGUUUACUGUGUCAUGUUUUUGUUCAAGGUUAUCCGUGAUUGAGUCUGUCACUCUGUAUGCAGGCAGCAUUUAUACAGCAAUACAAUUAAUCAGAUGGCUUUGAGUACAUCGGAAACAGCAGUUUUUGCUAAAUGUGCAGCCUGUGAAAAUGUCCAGACUUGUCCUCUUUUUGCUAGGGACACAGGAAAAUGAAACUUUACUUAAUUCAAUUUUUUCACUUGACUAAAUCAUCCUACCAUCUAGUUUUGCUUUAAGGUCUGCAUACAGUAUGUAUUUGUACCAUUUUGUGAAGGGCAAUCCAAUCUAGUGUACAAUCUCUAAAUACUGUGCCAAACAUCUUGAGUUAGAAUGCCUUUAUGUCCUGCUGUGAGUGAAUAAAGUACCAUGAGGUCAUUUGUAA